AUCAUCUCUGCUCUCCUCUCAGCGCGCUGUACUUGUUAGUAGCAGGUGUUUUUAAAAACGGUGUUCAUUUCUUAGCCAGGCAGUACAGUAGCACACACACACAUACACACACAUACAAAACACUGCAAUGUCAGCCGCCAGCACCGAGACGAGCGCCCCGUUGCCCGCGGCCGCCGGCCGGGUGUUCUUCCAGCCGCUGGCCGGGGUAGGAUGCGCUGGGUCCGGACCCAUGCCGCGGGACGACCCGGUCCAGAGGAAGCAGGGGAAAGUGACGGUGAAAUACGACAGGAAGGAGCUGCGGAAGAGACUGAUCCUGGAGGAGUGGAUUAUUGAACAACUGAGCGAUCUGUACGACUGUGAGGAAGAGGAGAUGCCAGAGGUGGAGAUAGACAUCGAUGACCUGUUGGAAGUCAACAGUGAAGACGAGAGAGCCGUCAAACUACAGGAAUCUUUAAUGGACUGCUAUAAACCCACGGAGGUCUUUGUUGGGGAGUUGUUAGGGAGGAUUAGAGGAAUGAGGAAACUCUGUGCUCCCACCAAGAAGGGUUUAUAAUGGAUGUGAACCAACCGCAAGUCAACCACAUCGAAUCUCUCCUGCAACUCAUCUACAACUCAACCAGAAUUCACCGAUUCCUGAUAACAUGGACCGUCCAAUAGCUCAGUGACACACCCCUUUAUCCCUUAAAGGAAAACUCCGCCCUGUAACAAAAAUAUUUUGGUAUGUGUUUCAUUAGUCCCAUUGUUGAUCCAGUCCCAAAAUGUUUUACAUGUUAGCAAUCAAGUUUUCAAGAUGUAUAACUUUUUUUUUUUUUAUUUUUUUUAAAAUACAGAAAUACUGUAUUUCUGUAUUUUUGCCAUAGCACUAUAUAGCUGAUUAAAAUAACCCACUCAUCCUCAAGCUUUGAUGAUUUAAAUCAGCUGUGUAAUUCUAAAAACCUGAAGGUGGACCCAGGAACGAGUUCGGGAAAAAAAAAACCUUCUCUACUACACAACUGAACACCACACAACAUAACUGAACACUGAAUAGGAUAACAAUACUCAGCAUUACACAAGCCAUGAUACAACAUCACAACCAAAUACACAACACAACACACUACAUUACACUACACAACACAACACAUCACAUCAGGGGCGGACUGGCCAUCUGGCAUUUCGGGUAAAUGCCACAUGGGCUGGUCCAUUUUUAGCCCAGUGGGCCUGUCGAAUUUUUUUUGUAUUUUUUAUUUUUGGCAAAAUGAGCAUUAUCUGGCUAAUAAUGGGGGAGCCUCAAGGAACAAAAUGGGCUGCUGUGUUAAACAUUUCUGUGCCGAUUUCUGGUCCCAGUCCGCCCCUGCAGCACAUGACAACCACAAUACAACACAACUCAACACUUAAUAUACACUUCCCCUCUCUCUCUCCACCCAUCCCUCACUGUUACCCCAGCAGCCAUUAACUAACUACAGACUUUUAAUAUGUCCAGAGGGGUUUUAAAAUGUUUUUUUGGGGGGAAAUAUACUGAACAAAAAUAUCAACACAACAUGUAAAGAGUUGGUUUCAUGUUUCAUGAGCUGUUCUAUACGAGUGGCGCAACGGUCUAAGGCACUGAGGCGUCACUACAGCCCCGGGUUCAAUCCC